GUGAAAAGGUUCAUGUUAGCAAUGAAACUGAAACCAGCUGGUCCUCCAAAUAAAAACAAAAGUCAGAAGAAUCAGAGAUCGAGAGUCAAAAGAGAUUUUAGCAAAGUGAGCACCAAUGACUUUUUUGGAUUGAACUUUGAUGAUGAAAAUAACGAGGAAAACGAGGAUACGCCCAAAGAUCAGCUAGGUGUCGGUCAACGUAGCAACAGAAAAGCUAAAGACAACUAUGAGAGCGACAGUGACAGCAGUGAAAUUGACCCGAUGGAACACAAAAAAUCAUUAAUGAAGCUGAAAGAUACUGAUCCAGAGUUUUAUAAAUUUUUGGAACAGAAUGACACAAACUUAUUGGACUUUGAAUUAUCAGAUGAGAAUGAAGAGGACGAUGAAGAUGACGAGAACAGCUGUAGGCAUGUUCCAAAUGAAAAUCUGGACAUUGCCAGUGACGAAAGUGACUUCGAGGCUGAAGAUGCUACGACAACCCAAGCUGUAGGACAAACCAAGAAAGUCACCUGGCAGUUGCUGAAAACUUGGCAAACUAACAUCAAAACUGAUCGUACAUCGGCAACUAUCAAGUGUCUUACAGAGGCGUUGCAUGCUGCACUCCUCAGUAUUACUAGCAGUCCAGAAGACUCUGUAAAUCUGCCCUACAAAGUCGAGGGAAGUGCAAUAUUCAAUGGAAUCGUACAAUUAUGCGUAAUGGAACUUCCAUUUGCUUUGAAGCAAUUCCUAAACUUGACCGAAGAUGCAAGAUUUGAACCUCAUAGAGCCAAGAAAUUCGUCAAAGUGAAAAAUGUGUUAAAACAUUAUUUGAGAGACUUGAUCAGUAUCUUGGAAAACGUCACAUCGUCAGAUAUUUUAACGAUUUUACUUAAACACGUUCAUCAGAUGUUACCCUACUUCCAAUCAUUUUCGAUAUUAAUUAAGCAUUUACUCAAGAUCUUGUUAAAAUUUUGGUCAACGAGUGAGGAAAGUGUUCGGGUCGUAUCGUUCUUAAGUAUAUUACGUCUAGCCACCACACAAAAGAACAUGCAGCUUGAAACACUCUAUAAGACAAUGUAUGUUAAAUAUGUGGAGAAUGCAAAAUUUGUAUCCCCCUCUACAUUGCCAGGCAUAAAUUUUACAAGGCGCUCCCUGGCUGAGAUAUACCUGUUGAACACAGAUCUUUCGUACAAGCAUGCGUUUCUUUAUAUUCGUCAACUAGCGAUUCACUUGAGAAAUGCUACAACUUUAAAACGGAAGGAAAAUUUUCAAACACUGUACAACUGGCAAUUUACAAAUUCCCUGCAAUUAUGGGCAGAAUUGAUUUCGAUGUCUAAACCUCGAUCUGGUUUGCGGGAUUUAUUAUAUCCUGUAGUGCAGAUCAUUAUUGGGACUAUGAAAGCGAUACCAACUGCGCAGUAUUACCCAUUGAGAUUUCACUGCAUAUCAAUGCUGAUAAAGUUAUCGAAGAGCACUGGCACUUUUAUUCCAGUACUGCCAUACCUGUUAGAGAUACUAAACUCACAUGACUUCAACAAAAGGCAUAAACAAGUUUCAAUGAAACCUGUAUCCCUCACCUGUAUUCUUAGGUCCUCAAAGUCUCAAAUGCAAGAAAACGGGUAUACUGACGUUGUGAUGGAUACUAUCUGUGAAUUGAUUCUUGAGAACGCCACAAAGGACAGUCACUCCAUAGCCUUUCCCGAUAUCUAUGUGCCAUGCAUUGCCCAGUUGAAAAAAUUCUUGAGUGUGUGCCGUGUAGCCAACUAUUGCCGAAAAAUUAAACAGCUCGUCGAGAAAAUCCAAGAGAACGCUGCACACAUUGAAAAAUCAAGGGCUAGAAUCAUUGUAGACUUGAGUGAUACAGCACAAAUUCAAAAUUGGGAAAAUACCAUAAAAACAGCGAGCACCCCUCUGUCACAAUUCUAUGAGUCAUGGAUUAAAGUUCAUGAGUCUCGUAAACUAAAAACUCUAACACAGAAUGACCAAAUCGCAGAGUACAAUUUGCCUACGCUGAAAAGAUCUAAGAAGCAAAAAAUUUCCGUUCCACAGGAACACGAGGAAUCUGAGGAAGAUAUUCUCAGUAACAACGAUCAAUACUCAACGAACGGUGAUUCUGCGAAAAAAAUGAAAAUGAUUGCCACGAGUAAAAGUAAAAAACUAAAGGGACAUCUAAGGAAUGACAAAACCGAAGCUAUUGAUACGGUAAUUUCCAAUGAGGAUACGGACAUCGUUCGCAACAUGACAAUAAGUGACUGGGACUGAAUAAAUCUUUUCAGUGCUUCAGAAUGCUUUUAUAUUCUUUGAAUUGAAAAACUUAUCAAUAAUAAAUCCGUUGUAACUAUUGUUAUUCCGA